CUCUGUCGUAUUCGUAAACCGGAUAUUAUACGUUUCCACAGUUGAACUCCCAUUUUGAAAUUUUGCUUGUGGGUUUCUUCUUCUUGCGUCCAUUCUAAACCGCUCGCGACCUGAAGUAAGGCUUCUUUAUACUUCUUAGAAACAACAAUACCGUCGUAAUGAGGCCGAGAUAUACGCUUAUGGAAAUCAAAGCUCGUUACAGCACGAGCGUAAUCCAUCUCUAAUAAUUUAGCUGACUUCUCAGCAAAAGCAUGGGUACAAUGAUAAGCACCAUAAGGAAGCAUGUUCGACGUAUACAAAUCUAUGUUUCCAUAAGCAUUUUUUGGAACGACAUUGGCGACAACUGGCUUAGGGAUAUAAAGAUCAGUUUGUUCUUCGCCAUACAAAGGAAUGGUCCCUUUCGCUUUAUCUUUAGCGUACUUCAAUGGCUGGAUUCCUGGUUUUACGACACGCCCUUUGCGAUACCAACGGUCAGCAGAAAAAACCAGUUUAACAUAUUUUCUGGGAUAAACUAACUCUACUCCCUUUUUAGUGGAUAAUCUUCCACAUGAUUUCUUUGGGUCAAUAACCUCAUUUUUUCGUAAAUGUCUUUCAAUCGCGAAUAUUGGAUGAUCCUUAAGGUCUUGAAUGUUUUUGGGAAUUCCUUCUGCUUGUUCUAAUCUCAAUAAUUCUGCAUCUUCUAUAGCAUCACUAUCCCUAUAUAUAUCCUGGGGUCUUUUUAAUUUGGAUAAAAAGAGAUUUAACCAAUCGCUACCAAAAGGAAACAUCUCAAGUCGAUUCCUCAUGAUCCGAUAAUACCGCGAGGUAUAUCGUCUUGUAACAUCUUUCAUAUAUCCACUGGAUUCGACAGCAAAUACAUAAGUCAUUUGAUUUAAUGUAUCAGAUGAAGAUGGUUCGAAGCGGCUUGGUUUACCCACGGAAGAGGCAUCACCAAAAGGAUCAAUGCAAACCCAUUUCUGCAUCGAGGUGUUAAAUACUUCGGCCCAAAAUACAGGCUUUGGGGAAUCAAUGAAUUGCGGUUUCUCAAGAACUGGUGAAGCAUGAACAGGAGAAGAAGAUGAAAAACCUGGCUUCAACGUUCUUCUACGUUUUGAAGCCGUUGAAUCAGAAGAAGAAUCACUGGGAGAAAAUAGGUAUUCCAAACUAUCCUGAGGAGGAGAAUCAGUACUAAUUUGUGGACUUCGUCCUUCCGCGGACGCACCAACAAAGCGGAAACUAAGAGUCUGUAAAGAAAAAACCAAACGUGUUGGAACGUCUAGACUCCGAAGAAGAGAGACAAAUAACUGGGAACCUGUAUCGCGAUCACCUUCAAGGGCCUUUGCGGCUUUCAAAAAGUCUUCUUUUGAUACUGGUUCAUAACUCAGCGUAUCAUUUUGUAAAGCUCCGUACCAAGGUUUUCUAAGCCCACUCCUGGUAAUUUUGAAAUGACGCUUCCAAACUUCACAUAAUGCAACUAAAGCCUGUUGAAAGCUUUUAUUUCGGAUCAUUUGAGAUUUCUGGGACGAGCAAUGUAGAGACGCCUUUAUACCUGGCGGUACAAUCCUCGAGAGGUUUUUAAGUGCUUCAUCAUUACACCAUAAAUUUCGGAUGCACAGAUGAUAUGUAAGACAGAGUAGGUGCAUCUGAUGAAUUUGCAGACGGAUUUUUCGGUCGGCUGCUGUAAUCCUUAAGGCAGGUUUUUUCAAUGAUUUUUUCUGUUGUGCUAUAGUUUCGUCUAAAUAUACAUUUUGUUCAGUAUUCAGGUCAAGAGGUUGCUCUUCAAAUAAGGUCUUGCUCUUUAUUGCUGCUGGCUGUCCCAAGUCUAAAUCAAGCCAGUCUUCUUCGUCUUCACUGAAUGAUUCUUCAUUAGACAUUUUUUGAUAAUAAAUGAUCUAGGUCUAAUCGGUUUGCAAAAAGGUUUAAACACGGUCUAUGUUUAUCCAAAUAAAGUCCAAGUAGUAAAGAAUUCGUUACCUAUUUAUUAUUAAAAUACAGUUAUGAUUAUUUACAAAAUUAAAAUCCCAAGGUAAUGAAACCAAUUCCGUUCAUAUUUGAAUAUUUUCUUGCUUUUGGUGGUUUUGUUAUGGAGCCUCAAAAUUUACGACAGAUAUUCGUUUCAACGAGAUUACAAUCCUUUUGAGCUCUGUAAAAUAAGGAUUAUCUACUUCAAGAAGAAAAAAAAGAAAAAACAAAAAGCAAAAAAAAUCCUCAACAGAAGCAAUUCGCAGCCUAAUCACCUAUCUCUUGCUUUUCGUUUCUUAUACACUAUUUCCAACGAAAUACAUAAUCCUUUUGUGAAGAGAUUACACUACUGAGUUGUGCCUGGUUGUGAGACAAAAGAAGAAAAGCAAGGUACUAAAGAAUUAAAUUAUUUUAUAUUUUUAGUGAUUCUUGGAAAUUACAGAUACAAAAGAAAACUUGGAGUUGACCACCUACUUCAGGCUUAUUACUGUAUUUCCAUCAAUCGAUCUCGAAAUCACAGAAUACUCGACAUUCUACAAUAGUGUUAAGUGAGUGACUAUUGAUAUCUAGAAAGAUAUACUCAACAAUGGGAGAAUCUGGGUCAUCUUCAGCUGAUAUUUUCAUGAGCGAUGGCUCUUUACCAAACUCUGAAGCAUGGGAAGCCCGUUGUCGUAACAUUCGACUAAACACGUCGGACAUUAACUUGUUGGUGCUAGACUAUUUGAUUAUUCAGGGAAAUGAACAGGGUGCUCGUACUUUUGCAUCCGAGGCCGGAAUUGAAGAUUACUUUAUUCCAGGAAGUAUUCGAGAACGUAUGGAAGUGUGUGAAUUAAUCCGACAAGGAUCCAUCAAUUCGGCAAUGUACCAACUUAAUGAGUUAGAUCCAGAGAUUUUGGACAAGAAUACUGAGCUUCUUUUUGAGCUUUUGCGCCUAAAAUUGAUUGAACUUAUUCGCGAGGCAAUGAGUCGAGAUGAUGCUUCAGAUGAUACGAUCGAGAAGUGCUUGGCUUUUGCUACUGAAAACUUGGCUCCAAUUGCUCCUUUAAAUCCUGCAUUCCUCAGUUCAUUAGAGAUAACCAUGUCUUUGCUUUGUUUUUCGCCUAGUUCUUAUACUCCAGCGUUAAAGAACGCGCUAGACCCUUCUCAGCGUGAACGUGUAGCCAAUUUGGCAAACUUGGCGAUGCUCAAAUCCCAGGGCUUGCCAAACGAAUCUCGGCUGCUCGCCUUGGUCAAUUUUGAGAGCUGGUGUAGAAAGCAAGCAGAAAAGCAGUCUAUCCGUGUUCCUCAAUUUGCUAUAAAUCCUUAAUGAUUAACGUUUCUUACGAUUUGUAUGAAUUAACUGAACUACAGUGUUAUUAUGAAUUUUAGAUGGAUUGACAUCUGAGUUAACAAGCAUACGAGUGUUAAUAAAAUGAAUUAAAGCUGA